AACUGACCAAUAACUCGCAGUUGUUCCAAACCUAUGGAAGAGGAUUAUGUGAUUUGCAGGGUUUGGCGAAGGAUGACCAUGAACACUGGAUUCGGGCUCUAUUGUCCUCGGAGUUAGAGUUUCCUAUCGGACAGUUUAGGGUGACGGACUGGCGGUUUAUUUAGAAAGCAAUGGCGACCAGAAGAGUCUCUAGUUUCAACAACAAGCAGAAAUCUGCGGCUGGAGACUCCACUAAGGAUGGAAGUUACAACAGUAGCGGGAACAACAGCGGCACAGUCCCGAAGAAAGCUAAACCAGCUGGUAAAGUCGUCAAGUCUCGGUACAUGCAGGCUGUUGAGAAGAAACCGCUGGCGAAGACCUCGGGGCCGGAGCAGCCCGGAUGCGCGGCUCAGAGACCAGCAACGCCCACCAAGCCCGGGAACCCCUGCAGGUCCAGCCCCAGCUCCGCCCCCCGACGGUCCCUGGCCCCCCAGCCGCUUGUCACCCCUUCCUCUAUGAUGUCCAGCAUACUGGAGCCUUCGCAUGCUGGAAUAAGUAACCUGCAGUCCACUCUGCUUGACGGGCACUGCCUGCGGCCACAGUUUGAUGUCUCCUGCAUUACAGAAAAGACCAUGCAGCACAACCCGUCUGAUCCAGAGGAAGAAAAGGAAAUUUUGGAAAAUAACACUUUCUUGCUGGCCUACCUCACUGCAAAGAUCGAGAGCAGCACGCGGCGGCUGAGGGAGGAGGCGGAGCAGUGCCUGCUGGGGGCGAUGGAGGAGAAGGACAGGCUGCAGGAGGCGGUGGGCAGCAAGAAGCGGCACCACCUCCUGCAGGAGAAGGAGCAGCAGCUUGGCGCCUUGUUGGACCUGCAGGUGGCGGCCCUGAUGCCCGCGGUCGCAGCGGCGCAGGGAUUUCAACAGGACUACGCGACGUUUGCCACGGCCCUGGACACGACGCGCCACGAGCUGCCUGUCAAGAACGUGCACAUCGAGGGGGACAGGAGGGAGUUUCUGGGUAAAGUGGAGGCGUGCCUGAGGGAAUCGCAGUCCCUGCUGCAGGUCUGUUGCACGCAGGACGCCCUGGGAGCCGAUGGCCGAGCUGCUGAGCUGCUGUCCGAGGUGAAGACGACUGUCCAGGAGGUGGACAAGGAGCUGGCGAGGGGUUUUGGGGAGGUGCUGGAGCUGUCCUCCACCGUCAGCCGGCUGACCGUCCAGACGCAGCAUCGCCAGGAAGAGGAAGAGGUUGGCCUGGCCGGGGCAGAGGAACUAUAUUUUCUCAAGAAGUGAGGCCUGACUGGGGCUGUUUUUUUCCCCCACGGAAUCCCUUUCUAAUUGACAACCCAGACAUCCUACAAACUGCCUUAAAAGAUUUAACUGCAUAUUUGCUUAAUGGGAAACAGUUCAGUUCUUAUUGGGAACUAUUAUCAAUAUUAUUGGGAAGGAUCUGGGAAUGCCUUGGCAGCGUGUCUUUCCCAGUGCUCCUACAGUCACGAUCUGCAGACUGCAGGCGAGAGGCUGUGCCGAUUUCAGUGUUUAUAUGGAAUGUCUGGCUGCUUCAACACGGAGGUCAAAGGCCUCAUGGAUUUGAUUGACUGAAAACGCAGUCAGUCAUGACAUCCCUUGCUUCUAUUGGUCAUGGCACCUAACCAUACAGGUGUGAGGGAUCUAGGAGACACGCCCCCUGCACUCAGUGCCUGCUGUCUCUCAAAGAAACGGGGCCCCAGUGUUCGAUCAUCCGAUUGAGCAGGAACUCCUCUUUCGCAGUGCGAGAUGGGCAAGGCGGGCGAUGGGCUUCCAUGCCUGCCAGUGGCAGGAGUGGGUGUGUGACCCAGCAUCCCCACAAAGAGAGAGACGCACCUGUCGUCUAGUCUGUAUUAACGCUCCCGCUGGGACAGCAGUUCGUUGUGUCCCUCGGUUCACCCCGCUGUCCCAGAUCCACGGACUGGGAGUCCCCUGGGAGGAGUUCCACACGGGCCUCUGUUCCUCCUGGGCUGCAGAGGGACUGGAGGGGCAAGAAAAGUCGAGACAGUAAAUGCGGUUUUGACAGAUCUUAUCACGUGCGCCAGGCUUUGUUACAGCCCAUUCACCACCUUCUCUCAAAUACGGGGACCCUCGUUUCUGCAGUAACCUUCUCUUAAACUCUGUGUGUGGGUCAACAUCAUAUCUAGGGACUUGCAGUUUUUGUAGCCUUACAGAAAUCAAACACAAUCUAUAUCUACUUUUCUGCAAUGUGUCAAGUGUACAAGGAUGUAAUAGUAACUUAUUGCUAUUUAUGAUUCAAGAAAACUUUUUUGUAUUUUCACUGUUGGCCCUUUUAAAUUGUACCUUUUGUAAAUAAUGUAAAAUAGUCUUCCCUGUCAUAGCAUGUAUGCUAUAAGAAACCUUUUUUUUUUCUAAACUGCACUUAAAUAUGUCAGGCUUCCAGGAGGAAAAAUGUUGCAAUUAAAUAAAACUUUUCUAACGCCACCAAAAGUU